AUGACGUGUACAUUCGAGAACUCUUACUUUGAAUCCGAGGCUUUUCUGCGGACCACACUCCAUUUUAUGACUGUCUUCGAGGUUCCACUCAACAUUUUCGGUGCCUACCUCAUCAUUCGCAAGUCUCCAAAGUCAAUGUCCUCGGCCAGAGGGGUCAUUCUCCUAUUGCACACUGCUUCCGCUAUUAUGGACUUCUUCGUCACUUUCCUCAUCAUUCCCUACGAGUUCUCUCCGUAUCCAUUUGUUUAUCCAGUCGGAUUUCUGUCAUUUCGGGGCGUCAGUUCGCCGGUUCAAGUCUACAUUGCAUCUAAUGUUAUGGCUGGUGAGGAGUCGUUAGAUCUGAAAAAGUGUAUUCUAGUUUUCAGCGGUUGCCAUCUCACUUGUGGUCUUCUUUGAAAACCGUUAUAAUGCGGUCGUCAUUGGGAAAAACGGUGGAGGCACUCGUCGGAAUGCGAAAAGAUAUGCGCUUUUUGUGCUCGACAUGGGGAUGUGUGCUGUGUUGGCCGUUCAGAUUUUCUGGCAGUUGCCUGAUUCGAAGACCGCCAGGGAACACUUUUUGGAGGUGAGUUUUCUGAUAUCUAAUGACCAUACGUUGAUACUUUCAGAAGCACUCAUGUGUCCCAUUGGCUCUUCUGGACAAUCCCAACUUCAUCGACAUCAACGCCGGCUCCGUUGCAAUGCCGAUUUACCUGGCCAUCGUACUCGUCUUCAUAUUUUCUCAAAGUUCAUUCUUCGUGCUCUACACCUUCUACCAUCUCUUCUUCUCCACUAAAAUCGUCUCAAGAUCCACUCAGCAGCUGCAACGGAAGUUCUUCAUCGCUUUGCUGAUGCAAGCGUUCAUUCCAUUGAUAGUUUUAGCCGGGCCUAUUGCGUACGGAUACAUUUCAUGGUACAUUUGGUAUUACAAUCAAAGUGAGCUCUUUCAUUUCAAUUGUUUGAACGAUAGAUCAAGUUCAGAGUACAACAACUUCAAAAUAAUUGCUAUCGGAUUCAACGGCUUCCUCACCACCAUCACCAUGAUUCUUGUUCAUUCGCCCUAUCGCAAUGCUGUAAAAGAAAUAAUUCCGGGUAUUGUGAAGAAGUGGAAGGCGACUGUUGCUCAUGCUCCGUCCGGUGGAAGCCAUUCUCCAGAGCCAUCUCGUAACAUUUCUUGA